AUGGGGGCGGCAGAGGGGACAGCGGCUAGACCAGAGGGGACAGCGAGGGGCUCGGAACGGAGGGGCCUUCGACCGGGCUGCUCUGUGGCCGGGCGGGUGCGCAGAGCCGAGACUCUCGCAGCCUCCGCGCCGGUCCGGGAGCGCCACUCGGGGCCGUAUUUAUGGCCGAGCCCCCCGGCGCGGCGGGUCGGGACGGGGCGGGUCGGGGGGCGCGGCCGGGCGGGUCGGGGGCCGGGGCGGCGGGGGGAGCGCGGUGUCCCGCUGGGGCAGCGGCAGCCCGGGCGCUCGGAUGCGCACAGGGCUACAUUUCCCCCGCUUGUUUUUUUCCUUUCUCAGCAGCCCGCCCUGCCGCCGCGCCAGGGAGAGCGGCCGCCCCGAUGCCCGAAGGUGCUGGGUGCCGCUGGCCUCUCGCCCGGGGGGACAGCGGCGCGCCCCGCUGUCCCCGCACACACCGGUGUGAGUUUCUUCCUCACAGGGAAACAGCUCCCAGCCCCUGGACAGAUCUGUCCGCGGCUCCGCGGCCACAAGGGUAAUUACUGCGGGGGCUCCAGGGGACACCGCGGGCAGCCGGGACCGUGCGGCACGGCGGAGAAGCGGGGACACCAGGGAGAGCCAGGAGGUGCGGGGCAGAGGAGGGACACGGGGACACCGCGGAGAGCCGGGAGCUCUGUUCACCUUCACUCGGAAACAUUGGGAGAGAUGGAUCGCGUUCCGUGCCGCGGCGUUUUGCUGCGGUUGCGCUGGAGUUGGACGGCUCGCUCGAUAAGGAUUUAUUUCUAGCAGUGGGAGAGUUUGGAGCUUGGGGAAAUAGAAUGGGUUUUGCUCACGUC